GAAUGUUCGAGAUUAACAUUUGCACGCCGCAUUAAAUGUCAACUAAAUAGACCUAGUGCGAUGUAUAUUGAUUUUUGAAGUCUUAUAACCUCUAUCGUUUGUCAUGUUUUAUUUCUAUUUAAAUCAUUUCAUUUGAAAGUUGGUUAAAUCGAAAGUGAAUUGACAUGAGAUAAAAACAAAAAGACAAACAAAACAAGACAUGAAAAUUGUGACGAGUCUUAGUUAACCAGCAAUAGAACAGAAAAUGUACGGUUGGGGAAGUACCAUUAAUGGAGAAUUGGGUUUGGGUGGUGUAGAAGAGGAGCAUAUUUUAGCACCAACAAAUUUAGAUUGGUAUUUAGCUAAUACUGUGGUGAAAGCUGCUUUGGGUAACUAUCACACACUUCUCCUUACUAAAGAUGGAAAAGUGUAUUCUUGUGGUAGCAAUGAUUACGGACAACUGGGACAUAAUCAAACUAGGAAGAGGCCACAACCUGUGUCUGCUCUUGAUGCACAUCAUAUAAUAGAUGUUAAAUGUGGUUCCCUACAUUCUAUGGCCUUGAAUCAAUGGGGUCAAGUGUUUUCAUGGGGCUCAAAUUUUUGUGGGCAGCUUGGACAUGGUACUGAUCAAGAUCAAUACGAAAUUCCGAAACCUAUAAAGGCUCUAGCAUCCUACAAUAUUGUUCAGAUACAUUGUGGACAAAGACAUUCUAUAGCAUUAGCUAGUAGUGGAGAAAUAUUAACAUGGGGUGCAAACAAUUUUGGGCAAUUGGGCUUAGGAUUCACAUCUCAGGUAGAAAAUAUACCAAAACUGUUGACUUCCUUGCAAGGAGUUCCAAUACAUUUAGUAACUUGUGGUGCUAAUCACACUUUCGCUCUCUCCAAAUCUGGUGCUGUAUAUGGUUGGGGAAAAAAUACCUGUGGUCAGCUAGGACUCAAUUGUGUAGACAAUAAAAUAUUUCCUGCCCAGCUUCGGACACUUAGGAAUAUUAGAGUUAGGUAUAUAGCGUGUGGAGACGAAUUUUCCAUGUUUUUAACAUUAGAUGGGGGUGUUUUGACAUGUGGAGCUGGUAUGUUCGGUCAACUUGGACAUGGAUCCGUUUCUAAUGAAAUUUUACCAAGACAGAUUAUAGAAUUAAUGGGCUCUACCAUAACCCAAAUAGCAUGUGGUAAACAGCAUUCGUUAGCUCUUGUACCAUCUCGUGGUAGGGUUUAUAGUUUUGGUAUAGGUGGUUGCGGACAAUUAGGUUUAAGGAAAACCACGAGUGCCUUAACCCCUCAGGUGGUUUUAGGGCCUUGGGUGUCUCCCAGCGGUAUGUCUCUGGUUCCAAUGAGUAAUGAUGUUAAAAAUUUGGUCAUUCAUAAAAUUUUUGCCGGUGGGCACCAUUGCUUUGUAUCUGUGAUAAAAAAAGAUAGCAAAGUGCCUCCAUUUGAUUUACGUGAUUUAGAUCCUUCAACUCAAAUAAUUACUCUUACUUUUGAUUAUUUAAAAAAUAUCUUAAGGAUAUCGGCUAAAGCCACAGUUGAUCAUGAUGUAUGGACACACUUAGAAACUGCAUUUAAAAGUUUAGCGUGUAUAAAUGGUUCAUUUUUAUUAGAAAAUGAUGCACAUUACUAUUGUAGCAGUAAACAUCACGGAGUUGAUAUGGAGACGACCGAAGCUGCCUUUUCAUUGAUAGGAAAAAUCGAGAAUAAGAGUAUUACAGAUUUGAUAUGGAAUAGUAUAAUAGACAAUAUAAUCCCAAGUUUGAAAUCAUCUCCUCCAGAUGUGGAAGCUCUUAGGAUAUAUCUCACUUUACCACUGUACCACGAAUUUAAUAACCCCAAACAGCACCUACAGUUACAUAAACCUUUCGCAAAUGCUGUACUUCAGUUAGUGACACCAGCUUCCAAGGUAGUGUCUGGUUGGUUGAGAAUGAUGACCAUUGAUUACUUUGAGCGUUUAGUGAAUAUAUUCAAAUCAGUGGCGAGCUUUAUUUUAAGGAAUCAACAAAUACCAGAAGGAAGAACUGCUUUUUAUGAUCCUAGUCUUGUGGCUAUGUUGGACUUGCUCACCUUCUUAAACAAAGUUAAUCAUAGUGUAGAAGGUUUGAAAGUACCCUAUGAUACUUUCCAUAUGAAUGAUCUUUCAGAAUACUUAGAUGUGAAAUUAGACUACGUUUAUUGGCUUCAGGAUAAAGGGACAGGACGACUUUUUCUAUGUAACUAUUCAUUUGUUUUUGAUGCCAAUGCCAAAUUACAAUUAUUAGAAACUGAUCAAGCCAUGCAGAUGCAAAAAGCAAUGUCGGAAGCCGCCGAAAGAGCAGUUAUUGCGAUGUUAUUGGCCCCACAAACUAGACAUGCUAUUAACAGUUAUUUAGUAUUGAAUGUAACAAGAGAGAAUAUUGUCGACGACGCUCUAAGAGAGCUUAGCGAGGUUGACCCUCACGAUCUAAAAAAACCUUUGAGAGUGAAAUUUGCCGGCGAAGAGGCUGAAGAUGCGGGAGGCGUUACCAAAGAGUUCUUUUUAUUAUUACUAAGGCAAAUUUUAGAUCCAAAAUAUGGAAUGUUUCAAGAAUAUGAAGAAACUAGAGCUAUAUGGUUUUCUGAAACUAGUUUCGAAGAUAAUUCCGUAUACUUUCUUAUAGGAAUGAUUCUAGGUCUGGCUAUAUACAAUUUUACCAUAAUAGACAUACCUUUUCCACUAGCCCUAUAUAAAAAAUUACUAGGAGAACCAAUUGGACUUGCUGAUCUCAAGGGAUUAUCACCUACACUAGCGAAUUCGCUGCAGAGCCUUCUAGAUUAUAAAGAAGAUGAUUUGCAAGACGUUUUUUCUCUGUAUUUUGAUUUGACCAGAAACAUUUUCGGUCAAACAGAAACUAAACUCCUAAAACCUGGUGGAUCAGAUAUUCCAGUAACUCAAGAAAACAAGCAAGAAUAUGUUGAUCUAUACGUAAAUUAUACUUUCAAUGAAAGUGUAAAAGAUCAGUAUGAAGCAUUCCAUAAAGGUUUCAUGAACGUCUGUGAGGGUAGAGUACUGAAACUAUUUCAUUCUCAUGAGUUGAUGGCAGUAGUCAUUGGUAAUGAAAACUAUGAUUGGCAUGCUUUAGAAGAAGUCGCUGAGUAUAAAAAUGGAUAUAAAUCUUCUGAUAAAACCAUCAGAUGGUUUUGGGAGGUUAUCCAUGAAAUGUCAUUAGCAGAUAAGAAAAAAUUUCUAUUGUUCCUGACUGGUAGUUACAGAAUUCCGAUUCAAGGAAUGAAAGGAAUAAAGAUUUAUAUCCAACCCACAAAUGACGAGAAGUUCUUACCAGUAGCUCAUACAUGUUUCAACUUAUUAGAUUUGCCAAGAUAUAAAACAAAGGAACGCCUCAAGUACAAACUAAUGCAAGCAAUUCAACAAACUGAGGGUUUUUCUCUAGUUUAAUUUCACGUUUAACAUUAAACUAUAAAAAAAUGGAAAGCAGCAUUUUUUAAAAUGAUCCAAUUAAAUAAAAUCAUUUAAAUUAUAUCCAAUAAUCAUUUGAUAACAGUUACUAGCUUUUUCACAAAUUUCAAAAAACACAAAGAACUAGUGAAUUUGUAAUAGAUGUUGUCACAGAACUGAUGUAUGAAAUUUGUGUCUCAAUUAUUAAUUUGAAUUGGCAACUUUUCAAACAUAUCAAUCAACUGAUUCAUACAAGCCCUUUUUUCUUGUAAUAUGUUACUUCUUGAAUUUUUCUAAUGUUCCUCUGUCGUUAAAUGUUUAUUGGAUGCAAGUUGUUUCAUGUGUCAGAAUCGGUUGAAUUGUACUUUUUUCCUGGAUGUUAAAUACUGUAUAAGGAGCUAAUACCAUCUAUGACAACAGAAAUACCCAAUUUUGCAAGUAUUUAUACAUAUAUAGACGCUCAAUCAAUCAAUAGCCGUUCAUUUAAGUGGGCUCUUGUUGACAAAGCAGAUUUUUCUGUUUCCAUUAUUUGUAUUCCAUUCAUCAUAUAAUAAUAUUUGGAAAAGAAAAUAAAAACUUAUUCGCUCAAAAUUAUAUUGAUAUGUUUUUAGAAUACAUUAAAAUAACUUCAAAUCAUUUUCGAAUUUAUUUAUUUAGAUUGUUAGAAAUAACUCAUGCAUGAAUCGUUAUAUCAAUACUUUUUUUUAUUAUUAAGAGUACCCUGAAAUUUUUGUUAAAUAAGAACCAAGCAAACUCCGAAUAUGGAAAUAAAACUAUUCUAUUUUUUAAAAAGACUAUAGUAUUGUUUUGUAUCCGAGAAUACAUAUGCAUUUAUAAACAACCAACAGUUUUGAAGUAAUUUGUAAAUAAUAUUCAAAAACAGUCAACUCAAUAAAACUGAAAAUUGAUAUUAUCCUCUUAGAGCUGACCAUGCCCAUCUUGAUUCGGGAAAACAAUAAUAUUUGAAAAGCAAAAAUUCAAAUAGAAUAUUAUCCUUUUUUCAUUUUAUUGAGAAAAUGGGGCUUUUGUCUUAAGAGGUAAUGAGCAGGUGGAAUACUUAUUUGUUCCACAUGAAACGUAUUAAUGGGAUUAAAUAAGAUAGGAUAGUAUCUGAAAUAAGACAAAUUCUGUUUUUUAAACUAGCUAUCUCUAACAAAAUGAAAAAAAAUUUUUUUGAAUUUAUAAUGCGGAUAAUAACCUUUUGGAAACAGGAUUAUACUCUAUUUGAUUGUAAGAAAAAAGAACCUACAGAAGUAAACCUGAAUUUUAUCCAUAAAUAUAACAAACGAUAUAAGAGAUCAAGCAAAAGAAACUAAACAACUAGUCCUCCAUCCUCCUCAUUACAGUCACAGUCUUGUGAAUCGUCCUCACAUUCGGUAUGGAAAAUUUCACUUGGUUCAUUGGCCAGGAAUGUUGUGAAUAAUUGACGUUUUCAUCUUGUUGCCAAUUUUCAACGUAAAAUAACAGCAACGUCUGUGAAUUUUUAAUUUAAUUUAAUUCCUGGGAAUAGGUAAACUAUUCAAAUUUUUUUGAACUAUCGUCAUGUCGAUAGUUUGACUCUAUUUUUAUUCUAACCAAGCCCAGUCUGUCUUUUCUAAAAAUUAUCCGCUUUUAUAUCUAUAAACUUAUUCAGUGCUUUGCAAUCUUGAAUCAACCCAUCUUCACUAGGUAGUUUUACUGUACCAAUUUCAUCGUAGAUUUUUAUGUAUUCUUGAACAUUAAGCAGUGUUUCAUACUUUUUUAGUCAUUUUUUAAGUCUUUCAAAGACCCUAUCAGCUAGUAAAAUUGAGUGCCCUCUUACUGGGAAGGUUACUCUUAUUUCUUGAAGAGCAAGAGUGGCCCGCACAUCCGUCGGUAACUAAAAGAAGAACUCUACAGCCAGGAUUUAUAUUACUUCCUAGAAGUGAGUUUCUUGAUAGGUUAUGCGGAGAUUACAAAAGGAUAAUUGUCUUAAGUAAUAAGCUUCACCAAUUGGCAAUUUGGGAAGAUUUUGCACUUGUUGGAGAUCGAAACAAAACACCUGUGAGUCCGAUUCUUUUCGCUUCAUUAAUAUAUAAAAUUGUUUUCCCCUUAAUUUGUGAAUACGCAAUUUAGUUAAAAUAGUAAUUUUCUUGGUAGGAUUACAAUAUUUGAGCUAAUUUUUUUUUCAAAAGCAAAAACUGCAUACAUCUGAAGCUUGGCAUUCGAAAGCUAUGUUGAAGUUUUUUGAAAAUGUUAACAAAAACUGUAUAGAACCUUCCCAUCUUACUCAACUGCGGAAUUGUAUGUUUUCCAAAGCCUCGUGAUAUUGAACAUGAGGGUAAAUAGAGUCUCCUGGAUUUUAGUCUAUUAUAGUGGCUCACCUAUAAAUUCAAUCACUCUAUUCCGUUCUCCUUCUCUUUUAACCGAACGAUGAGUUCCCCUCUAUUUUCUUUAAUAUCCUUUUCCUAAUAUUACAGUAGGUGUAAUUGUAUGCAGUCGUUUCAAGAAAUUCCGAAAGAUUUUAAAAUCAUUUUUUUGGCACAUUCUAUAGGGAGAUCCAUCUAUUGUGUACAUCCUGUAUUCUGCUGCUAAUUGAUGCUUUCGAUACUCUACACUCUGCUUUAUACUUUUUGCGUCAUCUUAAAGGAGCCCUGACUCUACAAAAAUAAGAUACUUUGCGAUCUCAAACGAGUCUGGUGUUUGAAGAACCCUUUUUCGUGCAGCAAUAAUGUCUUGGUUAGGUUACAUACAUUUAUAUGUUGGUCCGUCAUGUUUACAUGGUUUACAUGGUCUCUUAAAAUUUUCUAAAUUAGGAAAAUGAUCCAGAUAUCUAAAAUAACACGGUAACUAACUUCUUAACUUUGAUUAAACACAUUAAUUAAUGACCUACCUCAAUUGCUUUGUUUUUUUGUCAUUUUUUAACAUUUCUACAUCUCUUUCUGUUACCCUGAUUAGCAUUACUGACUACAACUUAUUCAAAAUCCAAACUUGCCACUCAAAAAAUAAAUAUAUUUCACUAAAUCCGCUAGAAAACAAGUUGUGAACAACACUGGAGUGAUAAACAUACGUUUGUGAAUAAAAAUCUUUUUGAACCUGCAUCCGAUUUCUGAUUGGAAAAACAAAGAUAAAUUAAGUUCGGUCUGAACCAAAUUGCACGUGUGAAUAAAAUUUCAUGAAAUAUUUUUAUGAAUAAUAAUUAAUCUGAACUAAUAGCGACAUUUUAACAUAGAUUUUAAAGGGGAUAAAGAACCAUUUGAAUGAUUUGCCGAAGUGGAUUAAAUUGAAAUGCAACUUAGGUAUGUAUCGCCAUCUGGAAGCGGAAACUAUAAAUUUUGGAUAAUGAUCUUUUUUGCUCGUCAUUUGUCCAAUGGAGAUAAGAAAUAUUGCCCUAACUAUCCUACUACCUCUUAUUUCAAAUGUGUACAACUUAUUCAAUUACUUUUUUCUCUACAAAAAAAAGGAGCUUACAAUUGUGUGAGUAUUAUUUCUCAAGUAGUAGUACUCUAACCUUAUUUAUCACAAUAAAUCUAUAUAAAUUCUCUAUUUUUUUUUGUAAGUUUCUUCGAAAGGCAAAUGUAGCUGAUUGGUUAUGCAUAUCAGCCUUUGUUAAAAUAAAAAAUGUCAUAAUUGCUUGUGUUACUUAAAAUACUACAUUUAGGUUCUGAGGUAAAUAAUUUUUGAAAAUAAAUUACUAUCUCUUCGAAUUUGUUCAUCAUCAUGUAAAUCUUUUUCUUUUACUCUCGAGAGAACCAUUUGUAUUCCAAUCAGCAUCAUUAUUAAGCUUCGAUGUUCUAAAUCUCUAAAUCCUUUUCUUCAGUAUGUCCAAUUAUAUUUCUUACCUAUUCCAUAUCUAUGGCUUUCAAUAAAUUCUCUUGUUUCACUUCUACUGCACAGUAUUUUUCCAUUAAGAUUUUGUUUGUAAUAUUGAAUUAGCUAUCGUUUCCGUUUUACUUUUCACUGUAUGUUUAUGAUUUCCAUUUUCCAAUAUAAAUUUAUUUUGUUAGUGAUCAUAUUAGGUCCAUAAAUUACUUCAAAGUUGUUUUAUUUACCUAUUCUAUUCAAUAUGCUACUUUGUCUUAAACCAAAAUUGAUAAAAAAUACAAUAAUCUGAUAUAUAUUUUCAUAAUUAUAAGAAAUACUCUCUUUAAUAUUAUAUAAUUUUUGGACUCAAUAAUUUUAUUUAUUGCAAGAUGGCAACCCCAUAUUUAUAAUUUAGAACAAUAAAAAAUUGAUUAUUGUUUUAUAUUUUAUCUUGAUGACAAUAAUUUGAUGAUGCCUACAAUUUACCUAUUUAAUGAUUGUGAUGUGAAACUUUAUACUUGUUGAAAAUUGAUCAUUAAAUUUUUUAU